AUGGCGGACCUGCAGGGCCUGGUGGAGAGACUGGAGCGCGCCGUCAGCCGGUUGGAGCAGCUGUCUGCAGAGUCGCGCCGGCCUCCUGGGAACUUCGGGGAGAUUAACGGUGUCAAUGGAGGUGUGGCACCCUCUGUGGAAGCCUUUGAUAAGCUGAUGAACAGCAUGGUGGCAGAAUUUUUAAGGAACAGCAAGAUCCUAGCCGGUGACGUGGAGACUCAUGCAGAAAUGGUACAUGGAGCUUUCCAAGCUCAGCGGGCUUUCCUCCUCAUGGCCUCUCAGUACCAGCAGCCCCAAGAGAACGAAGUGGCUGCGCUUCUGAAACCCAUCUCGGAAAAGAUUCAGGAAAUCCAAACCUUCAGAGAGAGAAACCGGGGGAGUAACAUGUUUAACCAUCUCUCGGCCGUCAGCGAAAGCAUCCCGGCCCUGGGAUGGAUAGCCGUGUCCCCCAAACCUGGUCCUUAUGUCAAGGAGAUGAAUGAUGCCGCCACCUUUUACACUAACAGGGUGUUGAAGGACUACAAACACAGUGACCUGCGCCACGUGGAUUGGGUGAAGUCGUAUUUGAAUAUUUGGAGUGAGCUUCAGGCAUACAUCAAGGAACACCACACCACAGGCCUUACUUGGAGCAAAACAGGUCCUGUAGCAUCCCCGGCAUCUGCGUUUUCUGUCCUCUCUGCUGGGCCUGGCCUUCCACCACCCCCUCCGCCACUGCCUCCUCCAGGGCCGCCUCCACUUUUUGAGAAUGAAGGCAGAAAAGAAGAGUCCUCUCCUUCUCGCUCAGCUUUAUUUGCCCAGCUGAACCAGGGAGAAGCCAUCACCAAAGGGCUUCGGCAUGUCCGAGAUGAUCAGAAGACUUAUAAGAAUCCCAGCCUGCGGGCACAAGGACAGACUCGAUCUCCAACCAAGAGCCUCACACCAAGCCCCACGUCUCCCAAGUCUCACUCACCACAGAAACAUGCUCCCGUGUUUGAGUUGGAGGGGAAGAAAUGGAGAGUGGAGUACCAAGAAGACAGGAAUGACCUUGUAAUUUCGGAGUCCGAACUGAAACAAGUAUCUUACAUUUUCAAAUGUGACCGAUCUACUCUCCAGAUAAAAGGGAAAAUCAAUUCCAUUACAAUUGAUAACUGUAAGAAGUUUGGUCUUGUGUUUGACAAUGUGGUGGGCAUUGUGGAAGUGAUCAACUCCAGGGACAUUCAAAUUCAGGUUAUGGGAAGAGUGCCAACAAUUUCCAUCAAUAAGACAGAAGGUUGCCACAUAUACCUCAGUGAAGAUGCAUUAGACUGUGAAAUUGUGAGUGCCAAGUCGUCUGAAAUGAAUAUACUUAUCCCUCAGGAUGGCGACUAUAGAGAAUUUCCUGUUCCCGAGCAAUUCAAGACAAUCUGGGAUGGAUCCAAGUUGAUCACUGAGCCUGCAGAAAUUAUGGCCUAAGACCGAAGACCCUCACCCAAACGUCUGCAAUCAAACAAAAACAAGCAGUGUUAAAGAGCUAGACUAGAAGAUCUGGUAGCACCUACUGCUUUAGUUUAAGCCUCCGAGAGUUCUGUGCUAUAGAAACAGUGUCAUUUCUGGCACACCUCCGUGGGCAUUUUGAAGUAUUUAACAUUUCUUCAUGAUCUGCCUUUGUGUGUGAUUUUAGUUCCACAUGAUACCUUGUGACUUACAGGAAAAAGAAAAAGAAUUCUUUGCCCCUCAUGUCAUUAACAUAGUAACAUAUAGGUAAAAAUACUGCAUGGUCUGCUUUUACACUUACGUUUCAUUGCUAGUUGAAAAACAAAACCUUUGAGAAUCUAUGUACAUUUUUACCUCGUAGGCAAUUUCAAUAUGAAACUGCUCUGAAAAAUGUACGGUUUUUUCCUACUUGUUCACUUUUAUCAGUGUGGAUACACUGUCAGCAUGAACAUAUACUUAGGUCACGCUUUUAAGAACUUAGAAAAAAAUUCCGUGUAAGGACCAAAUUCAAUUUCUUGGUCCUUGGAAGACAUAUAUAGUUAUUAAAGAACAAAAGUGCAUUCUGAUUGUUCAUCUUAUGGUUGCUUUAUUGUAAUUGUUCAUCCUGAAUAUUUUUCCACAAUUUCACCUAAAAACUCUUACUUUUUUGCAUAUUUUAUGCCAAAAGAUAGAUGAUAGCGGCCAGGGAUAUAGCUCAGCGACACAAGCACCUGCCUAGCAAGCACAAUGUCCUGAGUUCGAUUCCCAGUACAAAAAAAAGAUAGAUGAUAAGAAGCAAUUUUUUUGCCAUAUUAUACCUCACAAGUUAACGCUAAGAACGGCUUAAUUUUUGUUUUCCAGUUCUGAACCUGUUAAAUAUGAGAUGCCUUCUAUAUGAUGUCUUUAAUGUUUUAUUACAAAAUAAUUUCUUCUUUUCCACUUGCCAGAUUUGCUAUCUAGUCUCAAAAACGGACAUGAAAAAGCCAUAGAUGUAUUACUUCUUCUAAAACUUAAAGAAUUGUUUGUUGGUUUGGCUUGCUGCUCCUAUUUUAUAAUCUUGAUAGUCCAUGCUUUUUCAAUCUGAGUAACUAUGCUAUUCCUUUGUGUCUUUUCAGUACAUAGUGCUGAAAAAUCUGUGACUUCUUGGGUCACAUGUGAUGAAGUGUAGUAGAAUGCUUGCAGAACCAAUACAAGCAUAUAUAUUGUGCCUAUGACAGCAUCUGGAAUAAUUUCCAUUUUUAAAUAUCUUCUAUAUCUAUAUAGUGUUCAAAUUAAUAAUGCUCAUGUAGCCAGGUUUUGCUAUAAAAGUUUUGUCUGUAUGAAUAACGUUGUGGCUUUAGUAAAUAAUCUUUUUUGAACUGUACACUUAUUCUGAAAUAAAGUAAAAUUCUAAUUUAAAUACUGUGA